AAAUUUGUGUUAAUUUCCUUUUUUUUUUUUUAACUCAACUGUUGAUCUACUAAAAGGUGGACGUCAUUGGGGCAUUAAUUGAAAAAUAGCACAGACCCGUAGCUUUAGCCGUAAGCCGACAUUGAGAGAGGAAAAGCGAAAAUAGCAAAAUUUCAACAGCUGAUGGUGUAAAACUUUGAAUCCAUCCAUCGCACUGCAACCUCCUUCCUCCUCUUUGCCAUGAAACCUUCCUUUCGCUUCAUCUUACCUUUCUUAUUGUUUUUUUCAUAGUUAAAUUACGAUGCCAUCUCGUCCAAUUCCUCCAUUACUUCUCGAAUCUCCUUCUUUAAUCCUUUCGCCCAUUGUUACUUCCCCUCCUAUACCGACGCCGUCUCCCAUUCAGUUCCGACACCACCACCGUCAUCUUUCUUCUCGUCUACUCCCUCCAAUAACCGCCGCCACGGCUGCCUUUUCUUGCCUCCUCAUCUUUGUUAUCUGCUUCCGUAAAAUCAACAGGAAGCGUACUGUCCCUUCUGACUCUAAACCGCCUCACCGGUUCUCUUAUUCCACCCUCCGCCGUGCCACCAAUUAUUUUUCUCCUUCUCUUCGCUUGGGACAAGGUGGCUUUGGCUCUGUUUUUCGCGGUACUCUACCUAAUGGGCAACUGGUCGCGGUCAAAGUCAUGGACUCGGGCUCUCUCCAGGGGGAGCGCGAGUUCCAAAAUGAGCUCCUUUUCGCCUCGAAACUCGACUCUCCUUAUAUCAUAGCUGCUCUUGGCUUCUCCACCGAUAGGAAAUACCGCCCGAUGUUGCUGACUUAUGAGCUCAUGCCGAAUGGCAAUUUACAGGAUGCCCUUCUCCAUAGAAAGUGCCCCGAGUUGAUGCAGUGGAAGAAAAGGUUUAGCAUUGCAGUUGAUAUUGCUAAAGGGAUUGAGUAUCUUCAUAGUUUGGAUCCGCCCGUCAUUCAUGGCGAUGUAAAGCCAAGUAAUAUUUUGUUGGAUCAAUGUUUCUCGGCCAAGAUUGCGGAUUUUGGAUUGGCGUGGCUAAAAACAGAGAAUCAGAAUCAGUGCGAGGUUAGAAUCGAAGAGAGUGAUGCCGAGAAGGUUAACGGUGGAUCUGAGAUGAGGAAAGCUGAAUUAGAUAGCAAUAAUGGAGUUCCGGUUGAGGAUUAUGGAUCUGUUGUAGAGACCGAAAGCGUGACUACUGGGUUUGAAGAGUUCACGCUGGGAGUGGAUCAGUCACCAGAGAGCCUUCUUCGGGGACCAAUUUCUAUUUCUGCAACAUCGCCGGAGACAGUAGAGGGUGUAACUGCCUCGCCGGAGACAGGUGGCUUGGCGGCGCCACCUGAGGCCAAUUUUGAUGGGGUUAGUGUUGAGAGUGGAAAAGAAAUGAUUACUGGAGGGAAAAUGAGAGAGAUGAAGAGUCAAUCUGGAAGGGACUGGUGGUGGAAACAAGAAAAUAGCGGUGUGGUGGAGAAUGGGGCUGUGAAAGACUAUGUAAUGGAAUGGAUUGGAACUGAGAUAAAGAAGGAGAGGCCAAAAAGUGAUUGGAUCGAAGCUUCAUCAUCAAGUAAUCAGCGAAUUGUUAAAAUUGAUAAAAAGAAGAAUCGGAAACGUUUGGAAUGGUGGGUUUCCUUAGACGAGGACAAAGAUGAGAAGAUUUUAAAGAAGGAGAAGAGAAGGCAGCCAAGGGAGUGGUGGAAGGAGGAGUAUUGUGAAGAGUUGGAGAGAAAGAAGAAGAAAAAGAAAAAGAAAAGGAAUAUGGAGAUGACCAGCAAUGGCAAUGGAGGAGGAGAAGACUGGUGGCCAAGAGAUGAGGAAUUGUAUGUUGAGAGGAAAAAGAAGAAGAGAAGUAGGAGUAGAAGUAGCAGAGGCAGUCUUGACUGGUUUAGUGGUGAGCUUUUUAGAGGUAACUAUAACAGCCAUGAUUCUUUAAGUGGAGAAAUACCAAAGAGUAGUGGAAUUUGUAGUACACCGAGUAUGAGAGGAACCGUUUGUUACGUUGCUCCUGAAUAUGGAGGUGGUGGCAGUUUGUCAGAUAAGUCUGAUGUGUAUAGUUUUGGAGUUCUAUUGUUAGUUCUUAUUGCUGGAAGGCGUCCCCUUCAGGUUACAAGCUCCCCUGUGUCGGAGUUUCAGCGUGCAAAUCUAAUACAUUGGGCUCGCCAUCUUGCACGCUCUGGGAAGCUUCUUGAUUUGGUUGAUCAGUCUAUACAGUCUUUGGAUAGAGAACAAGCUUUGUUAGGUAUUACUGUUGCUCUUCUUUGUUUGCAAAAAUCACCUGCUCGCCGGCCUUCCAUGAAGGAGGUUGUAGGGAUGCUCACUGGCCAAUUGGAGGCACCUCAAUUACCAAUUGAAUUCUCACCUUCACCGCCCUCACGCUUUCCCUUCAAGUCCAAGUCAUUCAAGAAGGUAAGAUGAGUUUUUAUCGUCAGAUGCCGAUUUCGGUGAACAGUGGUAAAUGUUGCUGGCCAUUUUUGUGGAUUAUACAUGUAAAUAAAUAAAUAUAAAAAAAAGAGGAAAAAGAAAGAAAAGCUUGAAAUGGCUUUCUCUUGCUCUGAUGUUGAUACUAGUCUGGUCUACCAUUUGCAUCACUAACAUGAAAAGAUUAGCUAACACAAUUUGGUGACCCCCCACUCCAUGUUUGCUCCAACGAUGAGUUUUAGGUAUGUGAUUUAGUACUUGAGUAUGCCUUUUUAAACAUGGUCUAUGUUAGAAACUA